AUGCCCCUUGGAUAUUGCGGGGCAUACGGUGUGCCGUUUAAACUCAUUUGUGCUAAAUAUGGCUAUGUUGUCGUUGGGAAAGGGACCACAUCGGGCCUCUGGAAAGAAGUCUCCCGCGAAGCGCAGGUAUAUCAAAUCCUGCAGAAGGCUCAAGCAUCCGCUGUUCCUGUCUUCCUCGGUACAAUCGACCUGGCAAAAAAAAAAAAUCUUCAUGGGGUUGGGGAGAUCCGUCACAUGCUCGUCAUGGGCUGGGGGGGCGAUAGCAUUGCAACGAUGGAACUGACUCCGGGGCUUCUUAGAGAUAUUCACAAAUCGAAUAAGGACAUCGAAGCCUUGGGAAUCGUCCACGAAGACCUUCGGCCUGAAAAUGUUCUUUGGAAUGAAGAACUUGGGCGGGCAUUAAUUAUCGACUUUCACCGACCUACAUUAAGAUGUAGGCCAGUUCUAAAGCGACCACGCGAAGAUGCAAAGCGUUUACGUGUUCUAUGA